AUGAAGCUGUCUCGCUCGUCCUCGCCAGAGCUGGACCCCUCCACCAUUGGCAUCGACUUUGCGCCCCUCCCCGAGUACAAACAAGCCAGCGACACUGCAUUAGACUUCGGUGGCCUACUUUCGACGCCAUUGAAGGUCCACGAAGACCUUGCCUCAGGGUGCGGAGGCCAAACGUGGCCGGCGGGAAUGAUGUUGGCUAGGCAUAUGCUGCGAUACCACCGGGACAAGCUCCGAGAUGCGCGCGUAUUGGAGAUUGGAGCAGGUGGAGGUCUCGUCGGCUUGGCAGUAGCAAAUGGGUGCAGCCUCAGCCAGCCUCUGCAUAUUACCGACCAGUUGGAGAUGUUGAGUCUGAUGGGCCACAACGUCCUCCUCAACAACGCACAAGGCCGUGUCAAGCCCAUGAUCCUCAACUGGGGCGAGCCAUUGCCGUCGGAAACUGUAAGCUUCAAACCAGACGUGAUCCUGGCCGCCGACUGCGUCUACUACGAGCCCGCUUUCCCGCUCCUCCUGCAGACGCUCAAGGACCUCCUGGCGCUUUGUCCCUCCGCUACCGUCUACUUCUGUUUCAUGAAGAGGCGGCGCGCCGACAUGCAGUUCCUGAAAACCGCCAAAAAGUCCUUUGUCGUGACCGAGAUUGCAGAUGACGAGCGCCCCGUUUUCAGCAGGCAAGGCCUUUUCCUGUACACCUUCACCAGCAAGAAUCAAGCCCCAACAUCAUGA